UGUUGCCAACAUCGGCAACAUAAUAAAAUGCUCUUGUUUUUAUUUGCUUGUAAUUACAACAGAUGAUAUCUAUUUCAUCAGCUGAUGAUAACAUUUGAGAAAUAAACUGAUAAUGUGAUUGUCAAGGACGCAUUAGUUAACAACGGUUUGUGAAUUCAUGUAUACCUAAGUACACAGUGUCCACUCUAUCCACCUAUUAUUCUUUCAAUGUUGCUUCUACCUUUCUGCUUCUUCUUCUCUUCUAUUGUUUAACUAUUUUCUAUGCUAUGGAUAAUUUAAAUUACAUUCCUAAUCACUAUGGAUAUGGUGAGAAUUACCCGGGACCCAGCCACAUCGAGAAACCAUUCAAUAGGGGCAGUAAGGAUAAUCUACAUAAACUAAACAUCAACUCGAUGCAGGCCUCAAACAGCUUGUCCACACAAAACUCAGAAGAUGAAGAAGAAUUGGAAGCUAAAUGUUCGAUAAGUUAUAAAGAGAGGCGAAGGGAGGCCCACACACAGGCAGAGCAAAAGAGGAGAGAUGCUAUUAAGAAAGGUUAUGACAUGCUGCAAGAGUUGGUUCCCACUUGUCAGCAAAGUGAUGUAUCGGGAUACAAAUUGAGUAAAGCCACUGUACUUCAGAAAUCUAUUGAUUAUAUACAGUAUCUUCAGCAACAGAAAAAGAAGCAGGAGGAUGAGAGGAACGCCUUACGUAAAGAAGUGAUUGCACUGAAAAUCAUGCAAACAAAUUACGAACAAAUCGUGAAAGCUCAACAGGCUCAACCCGGACAAACAGAGCUUAGGGUUUCGGACGAAACGAAGUUCUCAGUCUUCCAGGUAAUAAUGGACCAAUUGUUCGUUACGUUCAGCUCCAUAAGUGUUAACAACUUUUCGGAACUAUCCGCUGGGGUCUUCACGUGGCUCGAGGAAUGUUGCAAGCCCCAAACGCUCAAAGAAACGGUGAUACGCGUGCUCCAGCGACAUCACUGCAAUCAGUCCAUGGGCAACCAUCCGCAAACCUAGCAUCCGUCCACGCGUUAUCACCGUUUCUUAGCUAUAAGUUCGAAUUUAGGUUUACAUUUGUUACUAUUAAUCCGUGAUGUUGUCUUAUUACUAUUGAUUUCUUUAUUAUUAUUUUUUAUUCUAUUUUAUGGUGAUAAUUAUUUUUUAGUU